GGUCUUCUAAUAGCUGGAGUGAUAAUUGGCGGAAAGGAGUAUAUUGACUAUCGAUUAGAAAUCAUUUCGGCUAUUUUUGCAUCGUCUUGCAAAACAAUUUGCUUUGCCAGCUGCUGCAUCAACUUCAAAUUCCUACGACGUGUUGAUUAUUCAAAGGCGGUAAAUGUGGAGGUAACAUGACCUUCAUCAUUCUAUCUUCCUAGCAACAAAAACAGCAUUUUCUUCAUAUUUCGCGAAAUAGCUUCAUUUUGGUUGAGAUGAGCGGAGCAUCAGGACGUCUGAACUCAACGAAAUUCCCCUAGACACACCGAGGGCAUCUUGUCUACUAAUAGACAUUUACAAAAAAAAGCUUUCUGGGAUUCAACUCACAAGUUAUAUUUAUCAUUACGAUCGUGACUUUUUAACAUACAACUUCCGUCUAUAUACAACAUACAACUUCGCCAAAGCCAUCGGUAACAUCGUCUUCAGUAAAUCGUAAACUCUGUUAUUUACAUCACUGAGGUCUACCUUCGCCUGAUAAUCUUCUUUCUAGAAUAUCAGAAAACAUGAUGGAGUCAAACAGCAUGCGAAAAGAGUGUUAUUAAAUUCACAUCCGAGUUCAACAGUUCAUCCUAAAUUGUAUAAAGAUAAAUAUGGUGGUGGUGGUGUUUUUUUUUUUUUUACCUGACUGCUAAAUGACCUACAUAUGCCCAUCGCCCAUCAAGGUAUGAUUCCUUUUGAUGUUUGGACACGCGCAAGCUUUCUCUCUUUGGUUGGUCGUACGUCAAGACUUGACUGAUACUGUUUGCCAAUCAGGAUUGUAGACUUAUUGUUACCAUAGUAACACCAACUCCUUCUUACCUUGGGAGUACACCCUAAGACUUGGAAAGGAACAGACAGAAGGCAAGGAGCUCAAAAUGGCGGGAGACAAAAAUAUAGGACUUGCUGUGGUCGUUGUGAUUGCUGCUCUCUUUGCACCCGUCCUCGCAUUAGGAACCUGCUCAGAGUCAAGCCAGUGUACCCCUGAAGGAUCUUGUAUGGAAACAACCUGCAACUGUGAUAACGCAACGUUAACGUUAAACAUGAACGCCCCCUGUUCUGAAUGUAACAUCACAUCCCUGCUGGCUGAGCCCUGUUGCUGUGACUUUACGCCCUUCUGCAUCGUGAAACAAAACGCCGAACCACAGCUUCUCCUUCGUAGUCAGGCUCUUGAUGAUAUCAAUGGUUACCAGCAAACCAAGGCUGAAGUCUUCUUGCUCAAAGGCGAUAGAUAUGUGCGUGUUUCUUCAGUGAUCUUGGCGUCCGAAGAUUGUGAGACUGCAGGUGGAAUCCAAGCUAUUCAGAUCACCCAAGCUGAUGAAGUAUGCGAUGAGGAUAUCACCAGUGUUACAUGGCCAUCCUACAGCGACUGGGAGCUAGAUACGUCUCACAGAACCAUCUACCCGGAAGCUUUUGCGACUACGGACGAUAGUUGCUAUGGUGACACGACAUGGAGUUGUACGGAUGGGCUUUGUGCCUACACGUCGGCAGACGACCUCAUCGUCCCUUACAAUCGAUCAGGCCACUAUGACUGGUGCGGUGACACCAAAUGGGCGGGAUGUGAAAUAUCAUCGUCAUCUAACCUUACAGAAACAUACGGAGCGGAGUACGGCAAAUACGGUAGCACUGAACCUGGGCUCGACGGGGGAUGGGCGCCAGAUCUCUUCGAUACACAACCUUAUAUACAGGUACGAUUCAGUGAAGUUAGGACCAUCAUUGGCGUCGUAACCCAAGGAAUGGCCGCUAACUUCAACCGUCGGAUUGAUGCAUUUCAAAUAGCCUACAUGAGUGGAGAUCAAGAGUUCUUUAUCAUGAUGGAUGGUGAAAGAAAGACUUUCAAUUCCAGCGUAAGAUUCUCUAGUGAGACUGUUUCCUUGUUUGGACCAAUCGUAACGACGGUUAUAAAGCUUGUUGUAACGGAACCUGAGAGCUUGUAUUUGAUUGGCGGAAGAUUCUCCGCCAUUGAGGCAGCUACCCCUGUCGAAAAGAACGAUGCUCUCUGGUCUGCACUCCUAUCAGAUUCGCCUUCUUGGACCUAUGCUGCGGAUGAACUACUUUCUUCGGCCGCGUCUGCAGAUGGUUGGGACUUAUCCGAGGAGAACGGGUUCCAACCUCUCGAUAUCCCUGCUCUCAUCGAGAAGCGCGUACUGGAUUUUGCUGAGGAUCUCCAACCAGGAGAGAAUAUCAACAUUACACGAGACACUUUUGUCCUGGCCAUUGAGCGAUCGACAACAGAAGAUCUAUGCAACAAUGACUGGUCCUUAACUGUAGGGGGGAACGUGUACUCCCUACCAAAACAGUUCUUCUGUGAUCAACAAGCGUCAAACCCAGGAAGCUCUAACCGUAGUGUGACGAUUGGAGUGACAACAUAUAAGACCCUGGGGGGAAUCUAUAACCAAGUUGAAGAUGGGUCUUCAACGGGGUCGUCACAAAACGACGAUGCUGUCGUCGUCAGCGAUGUCUUAUCGGUGGUCGUUUACUCGAACUCUACACAAGAAUCAGUGCCUUUCCGAUUCACGCUCAGUUAUACCAAAGCUGAUAUCGACAAUUACCGGUCUCCGAAAUGCAAGUUCUGGGAUGUAGAAGCAAAACGGUGGGACUCGUAUGGAUGUCACGAGGAGCCUAGUACACUGAUUACUGCAAGCGUAUGCGUCUGUAACCACACCACCAGUUUCUCCAUCUUGAUGAGUCUUUCCACAGAUCCUCCGGAAGAUGACCUUGUAGCCGACAUCUUGACCUAUGUUGGUUUAGGACUCUCUGUGGCGUCACUACUCAUCAGUCUUAUUAUUUUCUUCGUCCUCAGAAACUCGAUGACAGCCGAUCGUGUGGUUGUACAUGUCAACUUGAUGGUCGCCAUUUUAAUUGCUGACAUCAUUUUCAUAGCAGGAAUAGACAAGACGAGCAACCCGCCUCUUUGUAAAGCUGUGGCGUUCCUGCUUCACUUCUUUUAUGAAGCCGUAAUCUGUUGGAUGCUCGUAGAGGGCGUACAUCUCUACCGUCAGAUCAUCAGAGUCUUUGAGUCAGAGAGACCUCGGACGUGGAUCUACUAUCUUGUCGGUUGGGGAGUACCAGCGAUCAUAGUGGGCAUAGCUGGCGGUUUGAAGCAUAACAGCUACGGCAACGAAUUUGUCUGCUGGUUGUCUACACAUGAUGGAACAAUCUGGGCUUUCGUCGGACCUGCCAUUCCCAUCUUGACAGUGAAUCUGGUGGUUCUUAUCCUGGUGGUGAAGACGGUUAUCUCAGCUUCGAAGAAGCAGGCGGAUGUCGGGCAAAUAAACCUCAUCAAGGCCGGAGUACGCAGUACCUUGCUCCUUCUCCCACUGCUUGGUGUUCCUUGGCUCCUCGGUCCCUUCGUCCAUUUCAACCAAGCCUUGACCUACGUAUUCGAUUUUCUGAACACUCUUCAGGCAAACUGUUGA